AUGGAGAGCUCCAGCUGUUGGGCACGGGUUGCGGUUUGCGCGGCGCUCUUGUUCGUCGUGUGUACUGCUGAUACCAACGACUCCGACGUGGAUGUGAAUUUGGACACAAGAGCGAUCCGAGACUUUUAUCCCCAAGACCCGAAUUUGACAUCAGAGAAGCAACUUCUUGGUGCACUUCAAGAUGUCCUCGAGAAACUCCAAACAAAAAAAGUGAAUCCAUGGGAAAAGAAAUUUGGGAAGCUCCCAAUGUGUGAUGUCGGUGAGCAGUGUGCUGUGCGGAAAGGAGCUCGCAUCGGCAAGAUGUGUGACUGCCCACGCGGGGCGUUGUGCAACUUUUUCCUGCUCAAGUGUUUGUGAAUGGACUCGAGUGAAUGGGGGUGCAUUCAGCCGCCAAUAUGCUACUUGAAAGUUGAUUGUGUUACGUAGAAGGGAUUGUAUGUCUUAUCACAAAUUAAAGACCAUCAUUACAUGCGAUUUUUCAUUCAUGCAGAAGCCUUCUGUGAACACAUUGUAGCAUUUUCCCCAUAGGCUAUCCAUAAGACCGAACAAAAUAGAUUUAGUCUGCUUCUGCACAUGGUUUGUGAAUUAUAUCUUUGUGAAAUAAAGAGCAGUUUGU